AUGCCCGGUGGUGCCCUUUUGAUGGGAGGAGAUGCUGCUGGAUUUAAGGCAUGGGAUCAGGGUCUCCCCUGCGCCUCCGGCGCCUCUUUGGCGUUGACGCUCUACGAUGCCACCCAGAAUCUCACCCUGACGCAGGAGCUGGCCCAUGGUAGCAGCCAAUCCUUCGGCUGCAACACUGUCAACUCGGACUACGCAGGGGGACCCGUUUCGUCGAGUGGGCUCCUCAGCACGCCGGUGCUGGGCGAAGAGCUACAGAGUUUGACCUCCACGACGCGCAGCUGCGCCUCUGCAGUAGAGGGUCAUUCUGGCGACAUCAGCAUCCUCUGUUCGGGAGGCGUCUUGAAGGCCGACGCCUCCUUGUGCAGUCCGCUUGGUUGCGAUGCUACCACCACCCCAGUGGAGGUGGUCGUAGGCGGCUCCACACGAAGCAUCUCUGCCACACAGGCCAUGCUCCAUGGUGAGCACUUCGUGGCAGACUCCUGUUCCAACGUGGACAGUGGCUAUGAGGGCUCCAUCAACGUCACCUGCUACUUGGGCACGUUGAUGUCCAGCAGCUGCAGGCCCAAACCUUGCGAGGACACCGUGAAGUACGUGACGCAUGCAGGUCUGAACUUGUUGGCACGGCUCAACGGCGAUUCCCUAGGCAGUACCUCGCCAGCCCCAAGCGGCUUCGAG